CUAUCUCUCUGUACAUAUCGCUUAUCAAAAAAAGAAAGAGAUAUAAAAAGAAGGGCAAUGACACAGGAUAGGGAAGUUUUUCUCGUCUACGGACUAAUCUCUAUGAUUUCAUCACAAGUAGGCAAUUAGGUUAACAGUUUACCAACAAAAAGGAAAAAAAAAAUUGAAAAAAGAAAAUGUGGUGAUGAGUGAGGCAGGAGCUCCUAUGACUCGACAGGAAAAAAAAAAGUACUUUUUAUUCUCUCUUUCAAUCUUUAACUACUAUGACCUGUUUACCUCUGAUCUGGAUAUCAUCAUUACGUUGAGAAAGUGGGUUGACACCUCCCUUCUUGCAAAAGUAUUAUAAACAAGCAAACACCAAACUGACAAAACAGAGCAUGCACAUACAUUUUCUAUUUCACACUAAUUUACUGUUCAUAGUAGCUUUGGGUGCAGGUGAAAAGAAUUGAGCAGAGUCAAGGCCAAACCAUACCAAAAAAGAAGAGCCCACGUUCUAUUUUAUUCGAACAAGCGAUAAAAUUUGGUCACUCGGCAGCGGCAGAGAGCGCGCGAAGAUGUUAGUUAGCCGUUGCUUAGUUCCAUUCUCUCUGGGGACUUUCAUCAAACACCUUCCCAUAUUAAAGCGAACGACUUUCUGUCCGUACAGAAUCAGACCCAAAACCAUAACCACCACCAGAAUUCUCUGCUCCUCUUACUUUGAAACGUUAGAUUCGCACCAGAAAGAGCAAAUCCAUCUCUACGUCGACACUCUUCUCGAAUGGAACCAGCGAAUGAAUUUGACCGCGGUUAAAGAGGUGAAUGAGGUAAUGGAGAGGCACAUUGAGGACUCGCUUGCAAUCAUACCACCUAUAAGAAAUUCUUAUUUUUCUCAUUGUAGCCCUUCUUCGUCAAACAACCUCAGCCUUGUCGAUGUGGGCAGCGGUGCGGGUCUUCCCGGAUUGGUUUUAGCCAUUGCUUGCCCAGGUUGGGAAGUGACCCUCAUGGAGUCUAUGAAUAAACGAUGCCUUUUUCUGGAGCAUGUUGUCAGUCAUAUUGGUUUGUCAAAUGUUCAAGUUGUAAGAGGAAGAGCAGAGAAUUUGGGGCAGGUUCUUUGUUUCAGGGAGAAAUUUGAUGUGGCAGUAGCCAGAGCUGUUGCAGAGAUGAGAGUUUUAGCUGAAUACUGUCUACCUCUUGUUUGCGUUGGCGGUUUGUUUGUAGCUGCAAAGGGCCAUGAUCCGGAGGUGGAAGUUAGGAAUGCAGAAAAAGCAAUUCAGAUAUUGGGUGCUUCCGUAUUGCAACUGUGCCCAGUGGAAUCGCACAGCCCGUACGGACAGAGAACUGCCAUUGUAUGUUUGAAAACGAGUCCUACCCCGAGGAAGUAUCCUCGCGAUCCAGGUACUCCAGAGAAAACACCACUGUAAAUAAUUAAGAUGCCCAUUUCAAAUGUUAUAUUUAGUAGGCAUUCCUUUCCCAUUCAUCGGUUAUUUAUGUAACAACUUCUACUUUGGAAAUGAAAUGUUACAUUUUACAAGUUUCUGUCA